AUGAAUCUAAACCCUAAUCACAAUGGUGGCGGUGGUGGAGGUGGCGGUGGCGGUAGCCCUUGUGGUGCUUGCAAAUUCUUGAGGAGAAAGUGUGUGGCAACCUGUGUCUUUGCUCCUUACUUUGAUGCAGAGCAAGGUUCAACUCACUUUGCAGCUGUGCACAAGGUGUUUGGGGCUAGUAAUGUAGCCAAGCUUCUCGCUGGCACUCCAGUGCAUAGGAGGCUUGAUACAGUCAUCACCGUUUGCUAUGAAGCACAAUCACGCCUGAAAGAUCCUAUUUAUGGUUGUGUUUCUCAAAUCUUUGCCCUUCAGCAACAGGUGGUGAAUUUACAAGCAGAAAUCGCUUACUUACAAGGCCAAUUUGCUCAGUUGGAGAUUCCUCAUCAACCAGCACCUCCUCCACCACCACAUGGAGUGGUGGCACCGCCGGCUUUCGCUGUCGCCGAUCCACCAGCUGCCCCCGCCGCGGCAAUGCCGGCAGCUUAUGAUUUACCUCCAGCUGUUGAUCCAAUGGUUCACCCUAAUGCAUGGGCCAUGCAACAAAGGGCCAUUGACCCACGUCAAUAUGUGGCUAAUGCUCCAUCAACCUCUGCUCCUGGUGGUCAUCAGGCUAUGGGACGUGGGGUUCUGCGUAGACAUGGGUCAACUUCUGCACAUCCUGCGUCAAGCUCCAAUGCUCCAUAG